AUGUCGCCAAUCGUAAUGGAAUCUCCUGCGUUGAACAUGCAUCAUCCUGCGCUUUCUACCCUCUCCCGGAUACAGCAGCAGUUCUCGCCCAGCACAGCCUCAGAACAUGCUGCAGUACAACGCGACUCUUUGUCUAACUCACCGCAGAAGAUAAACCCAAGCGACUUCACUUUUGAGCAACUUUUACAGUCAAAAGAGCGCCCUCAACCUAUCGUAGAAGACCAACCAACCUCGACACCGAGCGCGCCCCAGCAGCAGGCGCCUCAACAGCAGCAGCGUACUGGCUGCACUAACUGCGGAGUCGUUGACACGCCCCUGUGGCGACGCGACACCGAGGGCAAAACCAUCUGCAAUGCUUGUGGCCUUUACCUCAAAUCACGCAAAGUCGCACGUCCCCCAUCCCUGGCCCGCACGCCAACGCCCACUGCGACAGCUGCAGCCCCCGUUCGCCAACCCCCAAACGGAAGUGCAGACACAGAUAUGUCCAACCCAAAUCAGGCAUCUUUGUCCAUAUCCGCUUCAGGUGCACACAACAUUUCUAUUGGAGGCACAUGUCCAGGUGACGGACGAUGUGAUGGUACUGGAGGAUCUAGUGCUUGUGCCGGGUGUCCCACACUCAACAACGCACUCGCCAUAUCCGGAAGAUUAGAGAUGACAGGCCCCUGCAGACGAAUCGUCACCGUCCGCGCCUGCGCGAGGUAUACCGAAAGCCCAGCGUCGGGGCCCGCGAAGAAGGUCAAGUCUACUGUCGGAGCGCUCAGUUGUGCCAACUGUGGUACGAGUACAACGCCAUUGUGGAGAAGAGAUGAUGUUGGUAACAACAUCUGCAAUGCUUGUGGUCUUUACUUCAAGCUUCAUGGCACGCAUCGUCCAAACUCCAUGAAAAAGACUGUCAUCAAGCGACGGAAACGUGUCCCAGCAGCCGCAGGGAUGUCGUCGGGGCGCAUGUCAGAUCAGGCUGCUGCCGAGGCACUUGUCUCGGUUGGCCGUCUUGGUAGCCAACACGCGAACACCGAGGAGAGUGAUGGCGAGAUAGAAGAGCCUCAACCUCGCCGGAAGAGAGCACGGCGUGGAAAGAGCGAUCGGGAGAAGGGCCGCUUGCGCGAAAAGGAUGACGAUGAAGACAUGGGAGAGGCAGAAGAGGAACAAGAACCUGUCAGUCGGCGGAAGAACGAGCGGACUACGCGGAAAGCGUCCCGCGAUUCGCACGGUUCCGCAUGGGCAGAAGGCACGAGCAUACAACAGAUUGCAGAGGCUCUGAGCGGUGUCACUGGUGAUCGCGCCCAUUCGUUACCACGCAGUUCCGAUAUGGAACGCUUUGCACAUGCUCACCAUCUUGCGCGCACUGGAUCGGGCCAUGGCGCAUUCAUGGCAGCGCCCCAUGCUGGAUUCGAUCUUCCUCCUCUCAAUGCCGCUCUUGGUGAACGGUUUGGCGGCUACGGACCCCCUGGUCUCUUGGGUAAUCGUGAUUUCGGCGGAACGCCAUCUAGCUACAUGCGCUCUGGUUCCAAUGCGCCAAGCAGGACGCAUUCGCCGUUAAAUCCUGGUCUUUCUGCUCCUGGUUCGGGGUACGUCUUACCGCCACCUCAUGGCAUGGGUCAUGGAUAUUACGGAUCCCUCGGUCAUUCACCCCCGCCGCAUGAUGUUUUGAACGGUGUCUUGACGUCAGGUGUUCCAACAGCGAGUGAGUUGAGGCAACAUUACCUCGAACUACACGAGCAGCGGAAACGGUUAGAGGAGAUGAUCCAAAAAACGGAUGCUUUGAUGGCUGGUGUCAAGCGAGGUCUUGACGAUAUAGCGAACGUUUCCCAGCAGCAACAUCAGCAGCAACAGCAACAGCACUCGCCCCAGCAUUCUCACGCCUCCCCCGAACAGCCUGCACAGCAGACUACAGUCUCAUCCACCGCGGUGCCUUUGACUCGUUCCGGCGACAAGGACAGAAUUAGAGAACCUGUUUGGCCCGUGUCGCCUGAGCAGCCCCCUCGCGAAUGA